CGGAGGCGCGUCUUUAAUGAUGUGACGGACGGUGCCUGCAGUGGGAGGAGCUUUUCCCGGUCCCGCCCCGUCGCGUCGUCUUUGCCGGCUCCCGCCCACUCCCGGAAGAGGCGGAGCAGCAGCAGCAGCUGACGCUGAUCCGGGACGGAGCUGGACGGAUUGGCUCCAGUCUUUAGCCCCUGAGGCAAGACUCUAGUGUGUGACCAAUCCCAGGGGCAGGCCUGUGCCAAGCCUGUUGGCAUGGCCCUGCUCACCAUGUCCUGGUGCCAGUGACUCCCGUGGUACUCUCUUCCAUGGCUAGAGAUAAUUACUGGAAGGCCAAGCGGCGUAGACGGGCCAGCCAGCCUGCCCUAAGCCAGAGCCUUUGCCCUGUAAAGGAACCAUUGAACCUGGGCCCUUUCCAGUUCAUCCAAGAGAACUCUCCACCAGCCUGAGCCAUUUCGCAAGCACUCGAGCAGGCACUGCCGCUCCAUUCCCCUUUCCUCAAUACAGGAGCUGGGCGCUUGGCUCCCCCCAGACACCAGUGCGUGGCCUCCCAGGGCCCUUGUGCCAUGAUGAGUAGUACGGGACCUUUCCUGCAAUGGGCCCAGGAGGUGGCUGCGCUGCUGCUGCUGCGGGUGCGGCGCACGGUGCUGCAGACAGCUAUCCUGCUGUGUGUGCUGUUGCUGCUCCUCUGGAUCGCUGUCUUCCUCUAUGGCAGCUUCUACUACUCCUACAUGCCCACCGUCAGCUAUGUCAGCCCUGUGCACUACCGCUUCAGGACAGACUGUGGCUCGCCAGGCCCUGAUCUCUGCUCCUUCCCCAUUGCCAACAUCUCGCUGGUCAAAAACAACCGGGACAGGGUGCUGAUGUAUGGGCAGCCUUACCGCAUCUCCCUGGAACUGGAGCUGCCUGAGUCGCCUGUGAACCAGGAGCUGGGCAUGUUCAUGGUGGUGAUGUCCUGCUACACCAAGGGUGGGCGCAUCGUCUCCUCCACAGCCAGAUCGACCAUGCUGCAUUACCGCUCAGGCCUGCUCCAGACCCUGGAUACCCUGGUCUUUGCCGGGCUCUUCUUCUUGGGCUUUGCUGAGCAGAAGCAGAUGGUUGAGGUGGAGCUGUACUCGGACUACAGGGAGGACUCGUAUGUCCCGACUGUUGGCGCCGUGAUAGAAAUCCAGACCAAACGGAUCCAGAUCUACGGGGCACAGCUGCGGAUCCAUGCCCACUUCACGGGCCUACGGUACCUGCUCUAUAAUUUCCCAGUGACCUCGGCCAUCCUGGGUGUGGCCAGUAACUUCACCUUCCUCAGCGUCAUCGUCCUCUUCAGCUACCUGCAGUGGAUCUGGGGCAGCGUAUGGCCCCGGGAGCCCCUCUCGGUACAGGUGAACACAAGGGACGGGGCCAGCCUGCAGCAACGGCGGGAGGAGGCACGACGGCGCAUGGCUACCCCCAGGCCAGAAGACCAAGAGGAGCUGACAACACUGCAGCCUGAGGCCAUGGGGCUGGGCAAGAAUGACCAGGAGAGGGUUCCCCAGGGCACAGCUUCUCCCCCACAGCUACCAGGUGAGGUUCUGGAGACAAUUGGCCCCAUAGGGGACACAGCCCAGGCUAAGGAGCUGGAUCUGAGUGAAGAGACUGAGUUUGAGUCGGUGGACGAGUCCUCCCUGUUCACAGAUGCCAACUUCCCGCCCCCUGCAGGGACACUCCUAACACUACCACAGCCGGGAGAGGGGGCUGAGCCCAUCCCAGGGGCUGAGAUCCGUCAGAGACACGUCUGCUCCAGCUCCUGAGGGCACCAUGGCCUCUUACACCCCUGCCCCUGACAAAAAAAAACAACAAAAAAACA